AUGGCAUCAAACGAUGAAAAUACAGUGAUUGAUGAUAAUGAAACAAUGGAUGAUGAAAAAUCAAGUGUCCAUGACGAAGAAGGCCACAUGAAAUCAGAACGUAUCAUCGAUCGAAAUCAAAAGUCAUUUCACCAUAUAAACACCUCAACUAUUAAAAAAAAUCAACAUCGUGCAUAUCUUGUAUUUAAUAAAAGUACUCGAGAGUUUUAUACUUUUUAUGUGCACAAUAUUAAUAAUAAAAAUCGUACAAUUUUCUCGGUGAAUGAUACACAUAUUUUUAAAUUAUUCGAAGAUUUGAUGAGCGUUUGCCAGUGGCCAAAUAAUUCCAACACAACAAUACAGGUGCCACUGAUGUAUCAAGAAAAAAGUUCAACGUCUAACAUGAGUCAAACCGAAGAUGAUGUCGGUCAGCCGAUAUUAAAAAAUUCAGAUUUAUGUAAUCUACUUGUUAGAAACGUGCAAAGUCUCACGAAUAUCAUCGGACCUCAACUUGAUAAUUUAAAUUUGCCAUUCAAAUCUGCAGAAUAUCAACUUAACGAUGGCGAUCUCUCGUCUCCAGUAGCGGCUACUGGAUCUCUUCAACAUCAGCUUCAAAUUCUCUCGAAACUUGCAGAUAUGGCAGCUAAAAGUUGCACAACGAAUGGAAAAACGUCGACUUCAAUAGAAAGUUCUGAAAGUUCUAUUUUUGACAAAAAUACGCCAUUGAACAAUCACAAUCAAGAUAUUAUUUCUAAUAGUUUAAUUCGUACUAGAAUAUCAUUUCCAUCGAGAUCUCAAUCGACAACGUUAACCAGUACUAGUUCGUCGGCAAGCACAACAAGUAAUAUCAAAGAAGAAAUUAAGCUACCUGAGCCAAAUCUACUUAAUCAACCAACGCGAUUUUGGCAUCAACGUAAUUUAAAAGAAUUAGAAAAUGGAGGUUGUCCAGCCGUUCAAGUCGAAGGAACUAAGCAAGCCACUUCUUUUCAAUUCGAACUUCCAGAAGAAAUCAAACAGUACAAGCAAGAAUUUUAUCUUGGAGCUCAUGCAGUCACGUACGAUAAAAAUAUACAUGAGCAAAAACGUGUUGUUCCUGUUAAUACACGCAUCAAGGAUGACUAUAAUGGAAAACUAAAUGAUUUAGAUUGUUCGAUAGUAGUUCCCAAUGACUCAUCGAAUCAUGAUGAAUUCGAUUUCGCAACAAACGGUACUUUUUCCAAGAUUAAUCCAAAAGAAGUUAAAAAAGAAUGGAAUUUUAAGAUGAUUAAUUUAUAUCAAAGUAAAUCUGUCACGAAAAAAUUAAUCAAAGAGAAAAAACUCAAAUGGUGUAGAUUAAUGUUUGCCUUUUAUAUUAAAUUAUCUGAUGGUCAAUUCAUACCUGUUUCUCCAGCAACAUUUUCAGAUCUUAUUGAAGAAACCAAUCGUGCUCAAUCAGUUGAAACUGAUAGUAUUUUUCCGAAUAAGUUUUGUGAACGAGGUGGUCAAAUGAUUUUUGUGCAACUGAACGCAGUAGUAGAAAAGUGCAAUUUACAUGUAACGUGCAACGGUAGAAAACUUGAAGAUAGUGACUUUCAGAUUGCUGAACAGAUUCUAUCAUUCGAAUCACCUGCACGUACACAGGGAAUAAAAUAUCUUCAUGUAACGAUAUUUAAUAAAAAUACGAACUUAUCAAUUGAUUACCAACAGCCGUAUUAUCUUCAUGACGAUCAUCCUGAUCCAUGUGGAGUGGUUAAUUAA